UACAACUCUUGCAUCAGCAAACUCCCUAAACCAAACACAGCCCACUAUACAAAGAUGGCCAAACAAGCUCUUUUCUUUCUUUCACUUCUACUUGUUUUUCUCUUCCACUGCACCACAACCUUAGGGCAGCCAGCUCAGGCCCCAACACUGCCUGCUGUGGCUUCACCUGCCAAUGCCCCAGCCCCGCCUGGUCCUCCAGAUGUCGUCAAAAUCCUCCAAAAGGUCGGUGGGUUCACGAUCCUAAUCCGCCUCUUAAAGAGCACUGGAGUGGCUGACCAACUCAAAGGGCAGCUCAACGAUUCAAGCAUUCGUUUCACUCUUUUUGCUCCAAACGAUAACUCAGUUUCCAACCUCAAAGCUGGCACCCUAAACUCUCUCAAUAACGAAGAAAAGGUCCGACUUAUACAGUUUCAUAUCUUGCCCACUUAUUAUACUUUGGAAAACUUCCAAACUGUGAGCAACCCAGUGCGAACACAGGCAGGAGAUAACAAACCUGGUGAUUACCCACUAAAUGUGACCAGUGUUGGAAGCCAAGUGAACAUUUCGACUGGCCUUGUCAAUGCUUCAGUGAGCGGUACUCUUUAUUCGAAUUUUCAGCUUGCUAUUUAUCAAGUAGACAAAGUGCUUCUUCCUCUUGACCUUUUUGUUCCAAAGCCUCCAUCACCAGCUCCAGCACCAGCCCCAACCAAGCCUAAGGCUAAGAAGACAACGGCAGCAGCCAGCCCAAAGACUAGUACUACUUCUACAGCGGUUGAUUCUGGUGCUGUGAGUAUCGCAAAGCAUGGAGUAUUGGUGUCGAUUGGAGUUGCUAUAUUCAUUGCAUUUUCUUUGUGAUAAAAGAAAAAAAAAGUGAUGAUAUAUGCAACACGUGGAUAUUGAAAAUUAUACAAUAUUUUGAGAAUAUACUAAUAAAAUACUUUUCUCUCUCACAUAAAUAAUGAAUCAUACUAUUAAUUUAAUUAGUGUGAUCCAUUAUUAUAUGAGAUGAUAAAGUAAACCGUUAUUGUAUUCCAUUGUAUAAUUACUCGAAGUCGGACAUGUUUUAGUAGCACAAAUUGUCUACUACUUUAUGAUUUUACUGAUCGAGUUGGAUUGAUUACUCGUCAUUGUCACAGAGUGCUUUUAAAUAAUUGCCAUAUCUUUCCAUGUAUUAGUAUUGUUAAGGUUGAUUGUAUGCUUUUCUUUUUUCCUUAAUAAAUAAAUAUAGUUUUUUCUAUA